UUUUUAUGAUAUGGUGAAUCUCGUGUGUGACAGCUGUCAAAAUAUAAUAUGGUAAAAAUAAGUCUUUACAAAGAAUAAUAUUUCUAGGCACUUCUAUACAUCGAUUCUCAAGUAGUUUAGAGAAAAACAAGAAGUGUUUCAUUUGCACGGUUUCCAAAUCAAAAUAAUAUCCAAGAAGGAUGACAAUGGGCGAUGAGACUCCAGUUACAUCACUUGUUCUUCCUGUAAUAUUAAGGCCAAUAUUGGCAAAGUUGGAGAGGCAGAAUGUUAUGGCUGCACAAACUUUGCGAACUGCAUUAUCGAAGGCUGAAAAUGCUCAUCCUGGAAUUACGUACGAUUUAGUUUUGGGAAUUGUACGACGAGCUGAAUUAAAUCUUGAUAUGAAUGAAAGUGUUCUUCGAUUACAGGGCAGUGCUUCAGAUUGUGAUGUCGUUGAGUAUCGUUCAGCGCGAUCAGAAGAUGCAUUCCAGGAACUUAAUCGUAAAUCGACUUCGUUGAAGAGGAUACUCAGCAGAAUUCCCGAUGAAAUAACAGAUCGAAAAACUUUUCUUGAAACCAUUAAAGAGAUUGCAAGCGCAAUUAAAAAAUUAUUGGAUGCUGUGAAUGAAGUGACGGGAUUUAUUCCAGGAUCAGCUGGAAAACAAGCUUUGGAUCAACGUAAACGAGAAUUUGUACGUUACAGCAAACGAUUUAGUAAUACCCUGAAGGAAUAUUUUAAGGAGGGACAAGCGAAUGCUGUUUUUAUCAGCGCAUUGUACUUAAUUCAUCAGACAAAUAUGAUAAUGGUAACGGUGAAAGACAAAUGUGAAUAAUUCGAGAAUGUUGGAAGUAGUACACGAUAUAAUAUUAACAGUUAUAAAUAUAUAUUACAUUAAAUAAUGUUUUUUCUUAUAAUAAAUGUUUAACAGAAAAAAAUACUAUAUUAUAUAAAUUAUAAGUUUUAUUUUGUAAGCGUUACAGAACAUUUAAAAAUGCAAGUCGAGAAUUGACUAUUUGAAAGAUUUGUCCCUCUGCGAUUAUUAUUGAAUCGUCAGUAUUAAUUAAUAAUAAAAACAAAAUACUUUUUAACGAGAAAUAUUUUCUCGAGAAAAAAAAAUUCACAUUCCUUAUUUUCACGUAAUCGAGUCAAUAUAUAUAUAUAUUAUCAUCUAAGAUAAUUGGUGUAAGAAAAUGUAAAAUGUAUGUAUAUAUAAAACUUGAGCUGUUUUA